AUUUUUGUUUGUAUAAAUAAAUUCAUAGACAGUGAAAGUGAUUUAACAAACGAUAGGGAAACACCUUUUCCCAUCAGAAGCUCAUUUGAAUUUUCCCAUAGAACCUCCUCUGAAACACUCCCUUUCCCUAUUGUUUUAUUUUAUUCGUUUUUUCCCUGUUCUCUGCUGCUCGUGCCGGCCGUGAUGAACUAUUUUUGUGCAAAUGGAUUUACUUAGUGCCACAACCAACAAUCUCUACGGCUGGUUCACCUCACUGAUACGUCGUCGUGGACGCUACAAAUCAAUAUCACUAGCAGCAAGUCCAGAGCAUGAAGUGGAAACAAUAACACCACAACAAUCAAGGAGUGUCGAAUUAAUACCAAAUCUUACAUUCGUAACCAAUCAACCUGAGACUCUUGAUCAGAAUGCAAGAGGUGGUCCAUCUACAUCGCGUUCCAGGUCUGAACAAAGAUUACCAACAAAAUCGCUGAAUAAGCCAGUUGUCUUUGAAAUGGAAGCCAUGAAGAGUGUAAACACAACCAGUGAUGAAGUUAGUAUCGAAGAAGAAAUUGAGGAGGCAAUUUCAGCUGGAAGUAGCUUGGGUUUGAGUGAAGCUCGAGGUGGAAUUGGUGAUGAUAUUGCAGCGAAGAGGAGAAAUCUUUUUGGCUUAGAGGCAAGUGAUGAAGAGAGCUUAGGAAAAAAGAAGAAACUCCUUGCUGGUGGAUUCAUUCAAAAAGCCGAUGCCAAAGAAGAUAAAAACAGUAUUGAAGUAGUAAAAGAACAGAAUUUCUCUAAACCUGAGGAACGAGAUAAACGAAAUCUAAAAUCAGACGACGAUGAUGACGAACAAUUUAAAAUCGAUGAUGACCAACUAUCUGGAGGCAAGCUAGCACAACAUUUUGUACUAGAACCUUCCCAGAAGAGUAGAAAAAAUGACAAAACUUUUGACAAAGAAGACACCGAAGACAAAAGUCUAACUAACCAAAGUACAGCAAAUGAUGUCUCAGAGAUAAUUGAUGAAAUCUCAUUAGAAAUUCAACAAACUUCAAGUUUGCCCAUAAGACCAAAUCCCCAUGAGAUUGAACCACAAUCUAGAAAGUAUAGAAGUCUUGACAUUUCAGUCAAUUCCACAACCCAAGGUGAUAGUUUAGAAUCAAUGCAUUCGGAAAAAGACCAUUCGGUGGGAGAGGAAGUUGUCCAUGUCAAUGAAUCAUUAGAAAUGACUUUUGAAGAUCGAAAUUUAAGUUCACUCAAUCCAAGUCUGGCCAAUAAUGAAAGUCUAAUUGACAGACUUUUGGCUGGAACACCUCAACCAGAACAAAAUUCCUCCACCUCAUCAUCAUCCAGUCGUGAUGAUGACAUAAAAGAAUUGAGACAAAAAAUUCUUGCCAUCAAUCAGUCAACACAACAGGCCAAGCCUUUACCACUCGAUCAACAGACAGAGGUGGUUGUGGUGAAGCAAAUGGAACGGGUGCCCAGCGAAUUCAGCAAAGAUGUCCUCGAGGAUAUCACAGAGGAGUCAGAGAAGCAAUAUUCUUUGUCACCUUCUGAAGACAACCUACGGAGGCAACCUUCGCCGAGUGGAGCUGAUGCACCUCCUGGUUCCCCAGCAAAUUCAAUUCAUGGAGACUUAACUUUGACUGAAAGACAUGAAAGAACAUUAAAGACAGACGAUGAGAGUAUUAUUAGUUUAAAAAUGAUUCAAAUCCUUGAAGAAAAGGUUUCUGAAUUGGAGAAUAUUGUAGAAGCUAAGGAUGCAUGUUUGGCUUCUCUAACUAUGCAAUUGGACUCGGGUCAACGUCGUGAGUCGAAUUCGAAUGCUGAGCAACCACCAUCUGGUCGGGAGUCAAGCAGUUUGAUGACAACUUCUACGGAGUACAGGACUUUGCAGGAAGAAUUUGGUUGUGCGGCGAUUGACUUCUCCGCUGAAUUAUCCAAACGUAAUGACUUGAUCAUGAAAUUGCAAGAUUCUCUUCAACAGUCGUUACACUAUCGUGAAAACCUCCAAAGUGAAAGUGAAAAACUUGCCACGGAAGUUCAACUUUUGCAAAAACAACUCGCUGAAGCUCUCGAAAAUGCCCGUAGAACUGGCUGGCCACGUGACCAAGAAAGCAAUGGUGGUCAAAGAAUUUCUGAAAUAUCCAUCGAUCUAGUUAGUGAAAGUGAUGAUGACUUUGAUCGUCACUAUUUAACCGAUAAUGAGGAUAAGACUUCGAGGCAUUCGAGAAAUUCUCGUGAAAGACAAGCUUCAGUGCCGAGAACGUUUGAAGCUUUUGAUUUUGGUGAAUCGGAAGUUCAACCGAUUAGUAAACAGAUUGAACAAUUUAAAAAAUAUCUUACUCCAAAUGAAGUUCGAUUGUUUUUUAUGGUUCAAAAGAAGUUUGAUGAUUUUUUGAGUCAAGAAUUGGAGAAGUUUCGUAUGAAAUAUGAUGGCGAAGUGAAGAUUAUCACAGAUCAAAUGACUACGGAGAAAGUUGAAAGAGAUGCUGAGAUUAAUCGACUUCGGCAAUUGUUGACAAGUGUUAAAAAUGGUUCAACUGAACUUAUGCAACUGCGUCAUGAAAUGGAUGCUGUGCAUGCUAAAGAGAUGGAAGAUUUAAGACAGUAUUUUGAAAAGAAAUGUGCCGAUUUGGAGAAGCAGUAUUCAGAUGAAGUAUUUUCACAAAAAAGCCAACGCCAUGAUGGAAGCUCUUCGGAGGCAUCUGAUCAAGAAAUGAUGCCUGAAGAAGUUGCUCCAAGAUCAAAAGAACCUAGUCCGAGAAAAAAGACAAAAGCAGAAUUACUAUCUAGUCCUAGUCAUCGACAAUUGACACCUAAUUUGAUGGAAGUGGGAGCUGGUGGAGAUUCGACAGGAGUUGAUGCGAAUGCCAAUGAUGUGAAAACUAACAUUGAGGAGAUAAAAUCAUUCUAUCAGACAAAGAUCAACGAAAUCAACAAAACUCACGAGGAUACCAUUCGCAAGUUGAAUGAAAAACUUAAACACUACGAAAGUAAAUUCCCAUCAGAGGAUGAUUUUAUGGACAACCAAAAUAAUCCUCAUCCAAAAAGUCCUAUUGCUCCCAAAGAACCUACUGAACCUACUGAACCUACCGAACCCACAUCCCUCAUAAUAAUUGACCAAGAUGAACUUAACAACGAAGAAAGCCAAGUUAUUCAAAAAAUCAUUGGAGAAUAUGAUCGUCGAUUACAAGAACAAGUUACACUAGCUCGUGAGGAUAUUGUACGUGAGUUGGAAAAUCAAAUACAGGCUCUCUUAUCAGAGACAACAACCGACGACCACAAUUGGCCACCAGAAUUAAUUUUGCUACGAGAAAAGUUCACGGCAAAGAGUCAACUAGAGAUAGCCCAACUGCAGAUUAAACAUGAGGAAGAGAUGUCGCGACUAAAGGCUGAAUUUGAAAAACAAUAUAAUCGCAAGGUUAAAAGAAACUCUGCAUUCGAUCUUAGUCGAGACUUUGAUCAGAUUGUCUCCGAACGUGAUGGAUUGAGAGAGUUAUCAAAAACCUUGCGAUGUAUUCUUGCAGAGCUCAUGAGAAGUGUCAAUAACUGCGAAGAUGAUCUUAAUGCAACUUUUAUCGAUGAGAUCCAACGGAUCAUGGCAAAUCGGACGAUCGAUGGUGAAGACCAUGAUCUCAAUAAUUCCAUGAUGAAUUGUACGAUGCUCUCGAAGAGAGUUCGAUUUGCUCCUGAUAUUACAGGGCUACUCGAUGUCGUUGAGGAUCCACAUUUGAUUAGCUUUGUUUCAUCUAAAUCGGUGGGUCUAUCAAACACUGUUGAUUUGGAUGACUUUGAUUUGAAUGAGUGCCUGGAGCGCUUGAAAUCAGAGGCAGUUCUUUUGCUAGAGCUCUCCGAGGAGAUGCAAAAGAAAAACGAACGCAAAGGAAGUGAAUCGAGUGGAGCUGAAAAAGUCGAUAGUUGCGAGGAAGAUGGUUUGAAGAACUACUCCUUUGUGAGAGCAAGUUCAUUCAAUGAAAACAUGUGGAAGACCAAAAAAGCAACAAGUCAACAACUUCUUUCCCUGCCGCCAGAUCUAAAUCGUGUUCAAGGACUUAACGAGUCUCUUGAUGAUUUUAGUUCAUCGAUUGCUGCUAGUGAAUUGAAUUUCCAAUUCCAUGAGUUCAAAAAUCGUUUGGUUAAGGCCGAGAAUGAAAGGUCACGUAUGCAACAUGAAUUAGAAUUGGCGGUACAGAGAAAUAAAGAAUUAAGUGCUCAAGUUAUUCAACUGAGAGAUCAGGUUCAAGGCAUGGAUCUACGUGAAGAUUAUCAAGGAUAUGGCUUGGGUUUGAUUAAGAGUCCUCAGAGAAGUGACGAGGAGAAACCAACGACAUCGUUUUUCCAACUUCAAGAAAAAGCUCGUCAUAUAUUGAGUAGUCCAACGCAACAAAACAACGAUGCAACAUCGACAUUGUUACAAAUGAUUGAAGAUUUCUGUCGAGAAGGCGAUAAGGUGGUAGAAAAUAGCCGAAAAGAUCGAGAUGAUUUGCAGUCGCAGAUCGAUACUGCUGACAAACAACUUAAAGCGACACGCCAAUUUCUCGAGGAUCAAGCAGCUGAACGUGAAUUAGAACGCGAUGAAUUUCUGCGUGAAAUUGAAAAAUUAAAAACAUUAAUUCGCGAUAAAGAAAAGGAGAGAAAUUCAUUUGAAAAUGCCUCAAAAGAAAAAUUCAAUAAUAUAUUUCGGAAUACCGUAGAUAAUUUAGAACUUCAAAUAAAAGAUCUCACACAAAAAUACACCGAAUGUUCGGCAAAAAAAGAUAAAUUUGAAGUUGAAUUAAAAGCAUCCAUUGAUAAGAUAUUCGUUUUGCGUGAGAUUAUUUCUGAAUUGGAAACCCAGGUAGAGACGAAGGCGCUAAAUGAACAUUGUCUGGGAGAGAAAAUUCAAGAAUUGGAAAACUAUAUUGGAUCACAAAAUCGAUCUAAUGAAACACUUCAGAAUGAAGUUCAAAGUUUAAAAAUGGAAAUUGGUCAAGGUUAUCAGGAAAAAAUACGACAAUUAGAAGAGAAAUUACAAAAUACCCGUCCUUCAUUGGAGCAGGGUAUGGUGAUUGAUCAGAUUGUUGAUCAGCUCCGUGACAUCGAAAGCACUCUCGAUCAAAAGACCAAAAACCUAGAAAGCCUCCACCAUUCGUCAUCAUCUGUCUCAUGUAACAGUAAUCCCAUCGAAGAUGUUUCCGUACAAGGCAAACCACUUGCAAUGGCCAAUGCACUCGUAUCACCACCACAGGGUUCACCUGUUCAUCCGUCUCCACGUGCCCAAUCGUUGCCAAUCGAAGGUCUCCAGCGUGUAUUGGAGAAACUCUCCAAACACACACGCAUGGAAGAGGCUGCGGUUAAACGGAUACGUGAUCUCGAAAUGCAAAUGUCAAAUAUUCGCAUUAAUUGUGUGGAACUCCAGCAUGAACGUGAUUCACUUCAAGAGAAGAUGUCAGAGCAAAUGCAACGUAUAUCAGCACUGCAGUCCCGUUUGGAGGAACAACGUCAUCGUGCUGAAGAACUUCAGCGUCAAGGAAGUAGCGAUUUAAAUAUUCGCAUCCACGAUUUGCAGAAUGAAGUGCUGAAUUUGAAGGAAACCCUGGGAACUCGUGACAAACAAGUGGCCAACUUGAAGAAUCACCUGGAUAAAAGUAAAGCGGCCAUUGAUCGAUUGGAAGCUGAACUGGCAGUUGGUUCACAUAGCGAUCGCAGCUUGGUAGAAAAGUUAGAAGCUGAAUUAAAAGCGAAGAAUUCAGAUAUUCAGCAACUUAAAGAGAAAAUCAAAUCACAAAUGAUUAGUAAACUGGCUUUACCUGAUCUCAUGGAGACAAUGCUGGCUGAUAAGAAUGAUGAAAUCGAUCAUUUGAAGGAACAGUUGGAGAAGAAGGAGAAAGAGUUGCAAGGAGUUCUGGAGCUGAAUUUGAGCGAAGCCUCAAAUAAAACAAAGCAUGAUGGAGUCAAGGUGAGUGCAAGGACUCUUAGUGACAUCGUGUCCUUGUCUGAAUAUGAUGAGCCAGAUGUCAUUCGUCGCGCUGUUGUCGAUGUUGCAACUCCUCUCAUGCUUCCCGAUGAAAUGAGACAAGGCGAGCUGACCAUGGAUGCCUCGAAAGAAGCCCUAGCGAAUCUAACAGAAAAGCGGACAGGAGACUUGGCUGUAUUCAACUCGCUCCACCCGGCGAGGACAUUUGAACACCCUCACUACUUCCAAGAUCCAACAUUGAUGGGAAAUCGAACUGGAAGCACCAUCACUCCAGCAGUUAUUCCACGACAGAUCAAUUUCUCUGAAUUUGGAGAUGAUUCCAAGAUCAAAGAAUCUACACCGAAAGUGACAGAAAACGAAGGUAAAACUCUUGCAGUUCAACUGAAAGCGGCUCAGUUGCAAGUGGAAGAGUUAAAAACCAAGAAUAACCAAAUAGAAAGUGAAAAGUUGUCUGAGAUCGAGAGAUUAUCAAAGGACUUGUCAGAGAAAGUUGAUCAACUUCAAAAACUCGAGAGUGAAGUUAGCGAGCUUAAGAAAUCAUUGGAACAACGUGAUCUUGAAUUCCAAACAUUGGAAGAAGACUUUACAUCAAUUCAGCUUCGUCUGGGUGCAGCUCAAGAUGAUUUGGAUAAAAAGACUAAAAACGAACAAGAUCUUCAAUCUGAAAUCACUUCAAAAACAAAUCGAAUUGAAGAACUUCAACGUGAAACCAAAGAAAAAUCUGAACUUCUUUCAAAACAUGAAAAGAAUCUUUUAAAUUAUCAACAAAACGAAGAAAAUCACUUACUUCGCUUAGCUGAAUUGGAAAAUAAAGUUCAAACUUUAUCAGCAAGUGCCAAAGAAGCUGAAAAAAUUGCCGAAGAACUUAAUUCAGCUCGUGCUGAAUUAGCUGAAAAGAUUAUUUUAUAUGAAAAAUCAACUCUAGAUUUAGCUGGCUAUGAAAAAGAGAUUGAAUUAUCUAAAUCUAAUCAAAUUGCCAAAGAUAAUCGAAUUCAAGAGCUUAAUGAAAAGGUUAUAGCGAGUGAAAAACGUAUCGUCCAUCUUGAAGAAAUAAAUUCAGCACUUGAAAAGGAAAUUGAAAAACUACGAACGCAAACAAGUGAAAGUUCAAAACCAUUUUCACUUGAUGAAAUUGCCCAACAGGUGGAGAAAGAACUCAACUAUUCAGCUCAACUGGAUUCGAAUAUCCUUAAAGCUAUCGAAAGUGAGGAGGAGAAUAAUUUCGAUGUUCACACAAAGAACGAUAGUGAAAAGCUUAUUGAGCGAGAUUUGCUGAAUCAGCUAGAAUCUCUAAGAGCGCAGUUUGAAUUGGAACGACAACAUUCUGAAGAGAUGCGUAAAGAACUCAUUCAAGAGAAACAACAUUCUCAGGACAUUCAAGAACAGGAUGUUGCCAUAAUUGAAGCCAUGCGAACAAGAUUGGAAGGGGCUCUGGCCAAAGAGGAAGAAUUACAUAAAUUGCUCGAUGAUGAGCGUGAUAAGUGUGAAAGAUUAAUGACGCAGAUAACUGUCUUCCAAAGAUCUGAAGCGCGAAAAUCUAGUGCGUUGCUGAAGUCUCCAUCAGAUUCGCCAAGAAAGUCUCCAAGGGUGAGUGACUUUGAAUCCGAACUCGCUGAUCGACUACGAAGUGAAAUCAAGCUCCUAAGUGCUCAAAAUGAACGUGAGAGAGAACGUGCCACUGAUCUUCAAAGGAAUCUUGAACGCGAGCGAAGUCGUUUUGACACCGAGUUGAAUGAUCGCAUUGAAUACAGUGAACGUCUGAAAAAGGAAAUGGAAAAAGUCGCACGAGACAAAGACAUGGCCGAACAAGAAGUCGAACAUCUUCAAGAACGACUCACCUUGCAGUCACAAGAAAUUGAAAGUCUCGAAGCUAGAAUUGCAACUCUCCAAGAAGCCGAAACUCGUCGUGCCAAUCGAAGGGAUCGCCAACGAGUUGAAUCCACUCAAAAUGCAGUUGAACUUCAAGAACUCAAAGCCAAAAUUCUAUCCCUUGAAACCGAAAGAGAUCAUCUCAAUCAGACUGUGUCACUUCUGCGCUAUGACAUUGAACGUGGCGCCCAACGUGAGGCUAAAUUAGCUGAAGCACUUUCAAAUUCCAAUGCUGAAGGCUCAAUUCCACAGCAAUUUAUGCAAAAAAUGAAAGAAAUCAACAAUCUGCUGGCAGAAAAUACCAAAGAAAAUCGACAAAUGACAGAAACUGUACAGUUUUUAGUCGAUGAGAGGAGAACACUGCAGAAAAAGGUCGAAGAGCUUGAGAGUCAAGUGGGUAAUAACGCCAAUGUUGCUGAAUUGGAGGAGAGGGCAAACCAUUUGCUUGGAAGGUACCUGAGAGUGGAGUCACAUCGUAAAGCAUUGGUCUAUCAAAAGCGUUAUUUGAAGAUCUCCCUACAAAGCUAUCAGGAUAGUGAAGCACAAAUGCUAGCGCAGUUGCAUGGAGGUGCUAAUUGUCUGCCAUUAAAGAAAAGAUGGAGAUUUAAGACUGUGGCUCUUGCUGUCAUUGCCAUUCAAAGAAUGAAAUUCAUCGGAAGACUUUGGUUUACUGGAAAGAGAAUCGUUUCAAAAUCAGUAUUCACAAUCACACAACAGAAACGAACUCAACCCAUUGCCAUUGCUUCGGCAUCAACAUCACCUCCCUGUCGGGAUACACCAACCACACCGAGUCCAUUUAGUCUCACCGAUAUACCUCUAGGACGGCCACUUCGAGCGCCCGGAAUUAUUGCUGAUGCAGCACAAAAAUUUGACUGGUCACGCAUGAAACAUAAACGUUCAUCCAAAGGAACAACAUAUGAUUAAUUUGGUUAAUUUGAUUUAAGUAUAUUUUUAAGUCUCAAGAUUUGUAUAAUUUAUUUUCGUUAUGGUUAUUAAUUAUGUAUGCCUGCCUAUUACAAAGUAAUUUUUAAUUAAUUUAAUUUUAUUGAUUUUUUUGUUAUAUAAACUUGUAAGUGGAAUGAAUAUUAAAUUUCCCUCCAGUAUUUCUUGUAUUCACAAUCAUGUGGAUUGUAUGUUUGUGGAUUGUAUUUUUGUGUUCAUGUAUGAAUGUUAAUGAAAAUAAAAUUAAGUUAGUUUUUAUUAAAUUCA